CAGAUACGCGGACCAGAAUUGAGAAGUACGGCCAUUUAACCAGCUCCCCUGUCCCUGCAUCGUGUUCACGGCGCUAACUGAAGCGUGCUUACUACUCAUACACAUGCAUGCUCCCAAAGGGUCGUACUGGAAUCGGUUGCGGUGGCUUCUGCGGUUUCAGAGCCCCGGGAUUCUCGAACUGCAUCCGUGGGGUCUCCUGGCUGCUCUACUGCGAUCUCCCAGUCGGCUGUUAGACGGCGUGACGGCCUCACAUCAUCGAUAUUUAGACCGCGCUGCGGCUGCAGUGACGCAGAACCCAGUGCUGUUCCCGAAUGGGUUUUUCUCGGAUGGGUGGGGAGAUCUCAACACCCCAAAACGAAUCCGAGAACUACUACAGAGUCGACGCAUGAGUGACGUUGUGUCACUAAGAGACGGAGAACCGAAUUGGAGCAGCGUCAGGAAGCUGUCGGUGGCUAAAGUGGCGUUGCGAGAGGGCAAAUUCAGCAGCUCAUUGGACAAUGCGCAACAGUUGCUACCCGCAGAGAGUCAGGACGCUUUUUGUGAACUAGUGACGCCGCUGGAGUGGGAACGAGAAGAUCAGCGUAUUCCACAAGGGAGACAGGACCGACCUCUUGUGGUGCUUCUACCGGGGACGGGGGAGCACGGAUUUCUACAUCGGAGAGCGUCCAUUGCUAUCCCACUAGCCAAAAGGGGAGUAGCCACUUUGAUUCUGGAAGGACCUUUUUACGGGAAGCGCAAACCAUCGAAACAGAAGGGAUCCAAGCUACGCAGGGUAAGCGACUUGCCCAUCCUAGGUCAAGCAACCAUCGAGGAGGCCAAGUCGUUGCUGGAACACUUUCGAGAUUGCCACGGGUACUCGCAAUUAGUAGUUGCAGGCAGUAGCAUGGGUGGACUACAUGCUGCUAUGGUCGCAUCAGUGUUUCCUGGAGAUGUGGGAGCUACGGCCUGGUUGGCGCCACCCUCCGCUGUGCCUGUGUUCGCAGAUGGAUUGCUGUCUGGAUCUUGCAACUGGCGAUCGCUAUACAAGCAGCACGAACUUCAAAUGCUUGAUAAAAUGCUGACCGGUCAUGCAGCUGCUGAAUCUUACGAAAAGCUGCUCGGUGCUGCAGUUGACGACGAAAAAGAACGAGCUGAAUGCUCUGAAUUGGAGCUGGAUCCGGUCCAAGAAGCCAAGAAGCGCAUGAGACUCUUCCUCUCGAUCACCGAUAUUGACAAUUUCUUACCUCCACGAAAAUCCGAUGCUGUUGUGUUCGUGUAUGGAACUGAAGACGAAUAUAUCGGCUUCACUGAACCGCAGUGGCAGCGUAUGCGUGAGCAGUGGAGACCAGCUCACAUUAGAACUAUCAAAACGGGUCAUGUCAGUGGGAUUUUACUGGAGCAAGAAGCCUACCGCAAGACGAUAUUGGAGGUUGUGGAUCUUUUGAAGAAGCGAGAGACAACAGCAGACCUAUCGUCAGGAAUCGCUGUUGGAUCUGCGUGA